UUUAAGACAUAGAGUUUUUCAGUGAUACACCAGGAGCUCACAAUUAAAAAUGGACAGGACUGAAGAAGUUAACCAGGUCAGACACAAUGACAUAAACAUAAAAGUGACCUUUUUUGGUUGUGUUUUGCAGCAGGCGGGCAGUGAGGGCGAGCUGUGCCAGGCGGACAGUCUGGGCUCAGCCGGCAGCAGCAGCACGCUUGCAUCCUCCGUCAUCGAGGUGGAGGCAGAGAGGAACGAACCAGGCCUGACGACACAGCUGCGACCAAGCCAAGAGGAAGAGGAGGAAGAGGAUGAAGAGGAGCUGAGCCCCCUCAGCCCUCCCCCCACCUUGUCCAUCACCGAAGAGAUCCUGGAGUUCAUCAACCAGAGCAGAGCUAGAGAGGGACUGACCGCCAUUCACACUGGCACAACGGAGCAGGUCCUGGAUCAGCCCAAAGAGAGCCAGCCACCAUCUAACCAGACCAACUUCACCUGCCCACUGCCCCCAGCCGCCUGCCCCUCCAGCCCAGAACAAGGAUCCACGAUGCAGCAGGAGCAGGAAGGAGCAGAGAAGGAGAACGAAAGCCCCCUCCAGAGUCAGACAGGUGGCUCUGGGGAGGAGAACAAACCUGAAAAUGAGACAAUUACAAACGAAGUCCAGGAAAUUCCAGAUGCAACAAGUCAAGUGGAAAAGAGAGUGGAAGCGGACGUAGAGACACAAGGAGAAGUGGUAGAAAAAGAGAAAGAAGAGGAGAAAACAAGGGAUGAAGGAGAAGGAGAGGGCAUCAUCCCUGCCCUGACAUCACAUCAUCAUCCCUCCAUCUCAGCAGAGGAAGAAAGAGAAAACAACAGCAGCAGCUGUCAGUCACCUAAAGAAGAGGUGAACACGGAGGUCAUGACUUCCUCCUCAAAUCAAGAUCUCCCUCAUCACCCCAUCCAGAGAUGCCAGCCAACAACAAGAGGCUCCCACCUAACCAAGCGCGACAAGAAGAUCAUCGAAAAGAUCAGGAGUUAUUACGAGGCAGCAGCCGAGGCUGAAGAGGACGUGGCAGAGGAGGAAGAUGAACAGGAAGAGGGAGCAGCAUCAAGGAGGAGAAACAGUUUCUCUCAAAUCCCAUCUGGCUUGGUAAAGGAGUCAGUAUCACGCUUUGAUGUUAGUGGGCACCUGGGGGAGUCAGAGAGUGGAAGAAGCAAGUGUGACACAAGUGAAGCGAUCGAUACAGUGACUGAUCAAGAGAUAGAGCCUUAUUCCCCAGCUGGUCCCAUCUCUUCACCUACCCUGCUCCCAGUAGAUGCAGAGAAUGAUGGACAGGCAGAUGAGCUAAUCAGCUCGUUGGAUUUUGAUGCAGAGUCCCCAGUCCCACCACCCUCAACUGUGACACAGGACAAGGAGACCCCAAACCAAGUGGGUCUGGAUCUACAGUUGAAUCCAAAAGAGCCUGUUGGAGAAGAGGCUGAGAUACAGAACAAAAAUGUGAAAGUCUGCAAAGGACCAUCGGAGCAAAGACAGGAUGAAAAACAGGAAGGGAAGACAAGUGUUGUGGCUACUAGGGAGCAUGGUGGAAACUCUCUGCAAGGAGAGGAGCCACGUAUUACAAAACAGUCCAAGAACCAAGAUGAAAUACUCGAAAGCAGUGCUGGAAGCCAGGUUCUUAUUAAUGGGCAAGAACCCAGCCAAGCAGGCCCAGCAGAACCAAAUGGAAGCCACAAGGAAACGCCUGCACCUCAGCCACCUGCAGAGCAAUGUCAAAAAACUGAAGCCAAAAGUCACUCCAACUGGACAAAAACCAAACAAGCCAAGACCAGCGGGAACCUUGAGGGUCUUCCUAGUCAGAUAAAAGUGGGUCGAUGGUCCCGCCACUCCAGGAUCGUCACCUCUAACCGGGUCUUGUUUGAGAGCAUGGGAUCAGAUGUCGCUGGUAUUGGGUUAUUUGAGGCCAGCCCUGUGGCGGACCCCAUGCUAAUGGAAAACUCAGAGCGUAUUCUGAGCAAGGUCCAAACAUUGGCCCGGAUGUACAGUGCCAAAGCCAGCACCAUGAAGGUCCCACUGCAUCAGAAGCGGGCCAGCGCUUUAUGGAACCAGUCAUGGGGCUCAGGUCGACUUUCUGGACACUCAACUCAGAACCAAACGGAAAGCCAGUCAGGUCAGACCCAAAUACAGACCUCAACUAAGUACCGGCAGCAAACACAGUACCAGAUGGAAGUCAGUCAAUCUGAGAUCCACUCACAGAACAAAUAUGGAACCCAAACUCACUCCGAGACCAAAGUUCAGAGACAAACUAUAACACAAAUGAGGCAGCAGUCGCAGAUCCAACCCAAAAGCCAAAUGUUGAGUCAGACACAGUACCAAAGCCAGAACCAGACCAAGGCUUACAGCCAGGACCAGACCCAAACCAUGAGCCGGAAGGACCAAACGAUGAUCAAAAGAGCAGAGUGCCUGACAAAUGAUUUCCAGGAGACACCGAUUUCCCCCUGUGAGCCUCUGAUGUUUGGUCACGUGUAUGUCAAAGAGCAGUCGACCCCAGCUUGUCACCAGACAAAUGGAUUCACCCUCUCCAGGCCCAGGGACUUCAUCUCUGCCUUGUCCAAAGAAAAAGACUCCAGUGUGGGUUGUAGAUCAGGUGACAAUUCCCAGAUUUCCACAAUGCCUGUUGAAAAUCCACCCACUUCACUGAAAGACCAGUUAUCCACUCAGCCCCAGGCAAACAGCUUCAACCCCAGGCACACCUCCACUGACAUGUCAUCGGCCUCUACAGAUCAGAGCUCCAGUUUGUGCUGCUCUUCCAGUAACAGCACCUUGACGUCAACCAUGAACGGGGAGGUUUAUUCAGACACUGAAGAGACAGAGAGAAGAGACAGGUCAGAGCUGAGUGGUCGACGCCCUGUUUACUCAGUCAGAGAGGAGAGUGUAAACAUCACAACCCAGCCAGCAUGCUCACGGCCAAACAUCUCUGCUCACAGCAUACCACAGUGGGAAAUCUCCAAAGAUGGACAUGAGCAGUAUAAAUAUAAGCAGAAUUUACCAGCUGCUCAAGAUAAACAUGCAUCAGAGCACAAAAUUUCCACGGGACAUACUGACAGCAGAGAUAUGUCAACCAAAGAUCUGCGGAGUGUUCAUGCAGGGCCUGAAUACUUGGUUUGCACAGGACCCGUGGAUGGAGAGGCAUCCCCAGGAGACCUGGUACUGAUGGUAGCAUCUACACAGAUGCAGGCUCCUUCGGAAUACCACAGGUCCACAGUGCCUCACCCAGGACUCGCUGGAGAGCAGUCCCAGAGGGUAACACUUAACCUGGCAGAGGGAGGCACCAACGCGCCGGGGGUCUCUAUAGGGUCAACGAAAGAUGCAAGCGAGCAGAUGAAAUUCAAUGAGGCACAGUAUGAUUCUUUAUCUCAGCCCAGGAUGAUCCUACAAGGUUCAGCAGUGAUCUUUACAGAAGAGACACCUUAUUACAGAUCCCCAGGGGAACUGGUUGUUCCACCAAACCCGAGUCAGCCUUUGCACUUGACCUUUGACCUCUCACAGGUUUCUGGUCAUACAGUCACAGAAACCCCAGAGGAUCACAAAGCAAGAGCACCAAGUCCGUGGUCAUCAGUUCAGAACUCAGAAUCAAAUCCUACCCGACCACGUCCUCCAUCUGUGCAGUCCGUAGACCGUCUACCAACAUUCACCAGCCAGAGACCGCAGGACUUACCCUCUGCACUGGGGACACAGGCUCUGUCUAACACCAGUUUUAGGGAAUCAGACCAGCAGGGUUCACGAUGCCUCCCUUCAGGCAGCCGCCCAUCUUCUCGACCCUCGUCAGAGACAUCCAGCCUGAUGGAGAGACCUAACCCAGCCUUUGUCACCCCCGGCCUGGACACAGACCUCACCACAUCCUCUUCAGCCUUCAGACCCAGCCUUAGACACCGCUCCCCUUCCCCUGUCAAAGCUCUCCCCUCCUCCUCCUCCUCUGUCCGACCACCUCCCUGCUCCUCACCGUUCAGGGGUGCUCCAGCAUCUUCUGCCACCACUGUGUCUGCUGAGGAUACCUCCCUGAACACUAUCUCCAGGGCUCUUCCCCGUUUCUCUCCUAUUCCUUCUUCUGGGAGGGGUACCUCGAUGCAAGCUCCCCCUGCCUCCUCUUCUUCACCCUCCCCUGCUUCCUCUUCCUCUUCUUCUGGGAGGUCUUCUUCUCUCCGCUCUCCCCCAUGCUCUACCCCCAUCGCUUCUUCUUCUUCUGCGUUCACCAGAUCUUUAGCUGCCUCCUGUAUUAGCCAGUCCAUCAGUCAGAGUAUGGCAAAAAAGAACAAUGCCCCGCAACAAGCCCCGCCUGUAAACACAAUAAACCAAACCCCCUCCCCCAUGUCUUCCUUACCCUCCUCUCAUCUACGACGGCGAUCGCCUUCACCCAAACUCCCUCCCAGUCAGCAUCCAGUCCAUUCCCCAUCUAUGAGUCUGCCCCAUCAUCAGCCCUCUUCCCCUUCCCCUCGUCCCUCAUUCCUUCACUCCAAAACUGAUUCAUCACAGAAUGCAAACAACAACAACAACAAUAACAGCAUUAGCUUAGCGAUUAGCAAUGUGAGUAAUAACCAUGCCAUCAGUAAUGGGGGUUGGUCAGUAAGUCCACAGAGGGCGCCGGUAGCUAAUGGUAGCACCAACCCCACAGAUCCUCUCUGGUCGGGGUCACACAACCGUGUAGCUCGGCCCUUUUCUGCGUCCGAACCCAGCUCACGAGUUCAGUCCCCAUCUCCCUCUCCAACCCCUGCCUCCUUCACUCGCCUCUGCUCCCCACCUCCUCAACAUAAUUACUCCUCCCCCAUGGCUAACAAACCUCCCCACCCUCGGGGCACGCGUUUAGGAAGUGCGAGUUCCCAUAACCCACUAGGCCUAACUUUGGAGCUACCCAAGACCUCUUCAGCAAGUUCAGCUUUUGGGCAGUCUUCCUCAAGUCUGAGCCCUCAGAUACUCUCCCCACCUCCUAUUGGCGUGUCAGUGAAUGUUUGGGCAAAUAAUGUUGCAGCACCUCAACCUAGAAACCCUAGACUUGCUUCCUCCUCUGCAUCUCCUUCCUUUUCUUCCUCGAUAGGCUCGCCAACACUGCAGAACGCAUCUUUCCCCUCUUCCUCUUGUUUUGUGGUCCCAUUGCGUAGUUCCAGAGCCUCCUCCCCUUCCGCACCUUGUCCUCCUGCAACCUCCCAAACCCUCCGUAGGUCUUUCUCCUCCAACCUGGCGGACAGACCCCCUAGCCCGUCCCGGAACAACACUAGUGGGCUCCGCCGCUCAUGGGCAGAUAGCAGUCGCAGGUCCCUUGGUUUUGGUGGUAGUGGUCGAGGGUCCUUUGACCAGCAGGAGUCCUGUCCAACCAGUCCAAGGAGUGGGUGGUCCUCGUACGGCAGCUCACCGUCCUGCCUCAGCCCUCGAGGUGGGCUUCAGUCCCCACUCUCACCUAGCAGGCUUACCCCAGGGAAGGGCACCAUUGGUGGGCAGCAUUUCACCAGUGUGCCCUGGCCAGAUGUACGGGAGCUUUCAAACAAAUAUAAGGGAACUGAUAGCCUUGAUGCAAGUGCUACAUCCACUAUCAUUGCCUCCUCUCCUUCUCCUCUCUCCUCGCUCUCGCACACGCUCCUCUCCUCUCCUGUUUCAUCACACAGCCAGACAGAGUGGGAAGACCCAGAGCUAGAGGAGGGGAAUUGUCGCAGCCAGCUGAUCUGCGCCUACGUUGCCCGGCCCUCAUGUGAACAAAACCUCUCCUCCUCAUGCAUGGUCCUCUCCUCUUCUGGCAUUACCUCUCCUCUGACUGCCCCCUACCAGCACCACAAUUGCCAAUCCACAACACCUCCUGCACCCUCAAUCCCUUCGCCCUUGCCCCCAUGCUCAUCACCACUACCCUUUGCCCAUUCAUCUCCUACCAAACAGGGGAACCAGAAGACCAGCUAUGCCACCACAGUCAACCUACAGAUUGCUGGAAGUGGUCGAAUAACCUCCUUCAGCACCGCCCAAGUUAGCCUGACCCAAACCCUGCAGGGUGGAGCAGGAGCUGGAGGACCAGGACAGGGGCAGAUGGCAAGGAGAGUGAGCAUCAAUGGACUUUCACAUCUUCCUCCCCCUCUUUCUCAGAACUGUAACAGACUAUGAAAGAAAUAAAGAUCUUACAUGGAAUUACAAGACAAGAAGGGCCAACAAAAAAGUAAUGGAGAGAACAAGGCAUUACAGAAGAUGUGCACUUGUUAAUUUAUGGCCAGGACACAUUAGAAGUAUAACUGAUGGUUUCAGUAGCCAGUCGAUGGCACAGACCUCCAGAGCUGUACCCUAGCUUGAUGGAGACCAUGAGACCCUCAUAACUUCAUGCUGAAAUGAUCUUUCUCCAGUGGCAAAACAUGGGGUACUUCAACUUGGGGAUAAGUUCACAUCCAAGGGACAUGAUGAAUGUUGUCAACCCUAUUUGACACUGAUUCCUCUCAGCGUGGUGGGAGGCGUUGAGGUUUAGAUGUAAUGCAGACGACGCAUUGAAUCUUCUGGAAGAGGUUUAUGAACAGAUGACCUUUUAGGAAUGGAAAUUCUACCUGCACAUGGCUCGCAUUUUUCAAUCUGGGCUAAGACUUUGAAUGGAUGCUAAUGGAAUUGUUUUAAAGAUCUUAAUAUUGUAAAAAGUAAAGAAAUUAUGUUGCCAUCAGUAGAAAUGUAUAACGUGGCUGUGAUCGUGCUGGAUGAGCACCCAAAGUCCCUGAAUGUCCACAGCUGGAUGUGAUGAAUUUGUGGAUUUGGCAACCAAAAAUUAGGAUCACACGGCUGGUCUUGCAUCGUUUAGCGGUCUGAAUUCUCUUUGUUGUAUUUUCCUUUCUGAGCGGCUCUGGACUUUCUGUGGCUGUGAUGACAUCUUGGAGGAACAAUUCAUUCUACACUCUUUUGUAACAGAUAGUUAAAUCAGUAACUUUUAGCAUGUGUUGAGCUGGGCUACAUCCAAUUCUGCUGAUCCUGCAGCUGCAGAUGCAUUGAAGGUCGAGUGUCCAACCAGUGCUGUAUGCAAUCACAGUUACUUAAUGUUUUAUUUCUUUUUCUUUUAUAUUGUGUUGAACAAACAUCAUGUCAUGUCAUGUCAGGCUCUCUGAGGCCAGUGUUUAAGGUUGGUGAUUACUGUGGUUAUUAAUAAUCUAUCUUUUUAACCAUUAUAUUAUUCUUUUUUUUAAAUAUUUUAUUGUUUAUUUAUGAAGUUAGUCUUAUUCUCUUUGGCACUUAUUAUCCUUAAAGUAAUGUUGGUAUUUUGCACAGUGUCCUCAGCUCUUGGGUGCAUGCAUCAAGUGUGUGUGUGUGUGUGUGUGUGUGUGUGUGUGUGUGUGCGCGUGCGUGUGCGAGUGUGUGUCUGAAAAUGACGCGUCUGGUAAGUUCUGCUUUAACUUCAGACCAGGCCAAUACCUGUGUGUUUUUAAUGAUGACUUUGUUCCCAUGUUGAUGUGCUCAGUCGGUUCGGUCUCUCCUGUCGUCAGUGCCCUUUAGAAACCUUGCAUCUUGAGCUUCAGUAAGUUUUCAAAUUUGGUCUGGUUGUCAAUUAAAUCACUCCUAGCUUUUUGAGAGGCUGAUGAGUCAACACUGAAUUUUCUACCAAAUUUAACACCCUCAACUUACAGUUCUGGUGAUGAGCACAGCUUAGAAAAUGUUUCCAGCGACAAUGUGUACAUGCACACUAUGAUUCAGAAUUGGCAAUACUCCAAAUUCAUCAUGUGUCAUGGGAACAGCAUAUUCCAUCUGGAUAUUCCAAAUUAGGACUUUUUCUGAAUGUAGCAUUUUCCAAAUGAGACAUGUAGGAUGUGCUGGUAUUUUUGGGGUGUCGGCAGCAUUCUUUGCGCAUGCAUGCAGUGCAUUUGAAAUAUGCAUCUCAAAGUUUGUGACACACAGCCUCUUGCCUCUUUAUGCUCAGCUCUUUGUCUUGUAGACAAACCAGCUCACCAACAGUUUGCAAGGCUGGGAUCUGGCUGCUCUCAUGCACUGUUUGUACGUACAGUAUACCUACGAGAGGCAAUGCCCCAGAUUUCGUAUAUAACCUACGUAAUCAUGUAGGCUGCGAUCACAUGACCAGUGCACUCACAGGAGGGAGGAAGGAAGUGGUUUAAAGAGCAAAACGGGGUGUAAGGAAGCAGCCUGGACGAGACUGACUCUGCACGAGACUGAUGCGUGUGUCCUGUGUGAAAGCAAGUGAACUUCAAGUUAUUUAGGCACGUUGUCACCAGGUUUUUUUCCCCAAAACAAAUCUAUGCAACUUUACAUUAAUUAUGUAAUUUUACAAUUAUAAUGUUAUGUCACGAUACCCAACCACGUUUCUUUUCUUAAACCCAACCUAUGUAACUUUACAUACGUUAAGUAUGUAACGUGACCAUGCCCAACUGUUUCUUUUUCUAAACCUAACCUACUCAAAUUUAUAUUAAUUAAAUCAUUUUACUUUUACUACGUGAUGUGAUGAUGCCCAACGAUGUUUCUUUUUUCUAAAACUAAUCUCUGCAAAUUUACGUUAAAUACAUCAUUUUGCGUUAUGUAUGUAGCAUGACGACAUCAAAUCAUGGAUUUUUUUCUAAACUCAGACUAUGUAACUAUAUUUACCUAAACCUAACCUACUCAGCUUUACGUUAAAUAUAUAAUUUAAUGUUUAGUACAUAAGUUGUCAAAUCAUGUGUUUUUUUCUAAACCCAACCUAUGUAACUAAACCUAACCCACGCUACUUUAUGAUAAGUACGUAACUUUACAUUAAGCAUGUAAGGUGACGAUACCCAAAUAUGUUUCAUUUUCUAGACCUGACCUACGUAACAUUAUUUUCAAAACAUAAUUUUACGCGAAGUACGUCACAUGACCAUACCCAACCACGUUUCUUUUUCUAAAUCUAACCUAAGCAACUUUAUGUUAAUUACGUAGUUUAAAGUUAAGUACGCAACGUGAUGAUGCUCAGCCACCUUUCCCUCCCUAAUCUAAUCUAUGUAACCUUAUUUUCCAAAAUCUAACCUUCAUAACUUAAGUACGUAACUUCACGUUACUUACGUAAGAACCAUGUUUCUUUUCCUAAACCCAAACUACAUAAAUUCAUGUUAAGUAUGUGGCAUGAUGACGUCACUCAUGGAGCACUAAUUCGUUAGUCAUCGUAUAAACUAUUGUAUGAGUAAACGCUGUAGCCGUAGAAAUCUAUGCCCGAGAGAAAAGCCUACAUUCCUGGUUGAAAGGGCAAACAUGCCUACUUUUAAACAUUAUGAAAACUUGGAUAUAAACAGAUCUUUGGAUUUGCACAGAUAUCACAACAGACCUUUUCGAGAACAUGGUUGAAGAAGUGAAACAGAGAACCGGCCGUCUGUAGAAAACUGUGGAAAAAAUCCUAUUUUGAUGCAAAAUUAAGCAAAACUGCAGAGGCGACUCAGCUGUUCCACUUUUCCAUAUUUUGACAUAAUGUUAGAGCCUGUUAAUCGGAGUAUGCACGGCUGCAUUUAAACAGGAAUGUUAGUGGAAUAUUCAUUUUCAUUAGCCAAGUAAACAGAUUAGUAGGAAGUUGUUUUUUUCGGAAUAUGGGCAAAAACAGGAAUUUUUUGUGCAUGUAAACAUAGUCGCUAUCUCUUAUGUCUAGGAUAUGUUGUUAAUUGAUUGAGUGAUCUGUUUUUAUGUAUUGAGUGUUGUAUGUUUUUUAGUAUGGACCUUGAGUCUGAUAAUAAACUGAAACUGAUAGUCAGUGAUAGCAAGUAAAGUAUUUAAAAAGUUAAACUAGUGGUUACAAUUGAAAUGAAAAUGUCAAAUAUUAGAAAAAAUAAAGAGAUGUGUGAUUUCUGCAGGGCACUGGUGACAAACUGGAGAGAACAUAAUGUUUUGGGGAACUGGUGAAAAGGGAAAUAUUAACUAAAUCUUCAUCCGGUAACCCUCAUAGCGUCAGUGAGAUGUACGGAAAAUAAAGGUAUGUGGUGCAAAAUCAAAA